AUGAGUACUACUCCUACAUCAUCUAGACCCCGUCGUCUGUCAAUGCCUAAAUUGACUCGUCGUCUAACCAACGUUGUCAUUCAUGUUGAUAACAAUGAUAAUGUUGAGCCCGUCACACCCGCAAGCGUCCCAUCUCGUCCUUCCAAGCGUGAACAGUUGGGUGAGAAGGCUAUAGAGACCUGGAAGAAACACAUGACACCCGAGAAGAACGAUACUGAUGCCAUUGAACAAGAUAUCGUGCACCACACCAUCACCACUCUCUGUCGCGGCGUGUACAACAUCGACAAGCUGGCCAUGUAUCAAGCCACUGCUCACUCUGUUCGCGAUCGUCUCUUGGAAGACUGGAACCUCACUCAAGAAGCGUUGCACAGGGAAAAUCCCAAGCGUUGUUACUAUAUGUCUAUGGAGUUCUUGAUUGGUCGUGCUCUUGAUAAUGCUUUAAAUUGUCUCAAGGUAAAGAAGAACUACAGGGAGAGCGUGGAUAACCUUGGUUUCAAUCUGGAGGAUCUCCUGGUGGAGGAGAAGGAUGCUGCUCUUGGUAACGGUGGUCUCGGUCGUCUUGCGGCCUGUUACAUGGAUUCUGCUGCUACUUUGGAUUACCCUACUUGGGGCUAUGGUCUUCGUUAUCAAUAUGGUAUUUUCAAGCAAAUCAUCAAGGAUGGCUAUCAAAAUGAGAUGCCCGAUUACUGGCUCAACUUCGAUAACCCUUGGGAGUUCCCUCGUGCUGAUAUUCGUUAUGAAGUUCGCUUCCAUGGUUAUGUUGCUACCAAAAUGAAUGAGAAGGGUGAGUCCCGCAUGUCCUGGGAGGGCGGCGACAAGGUGCAAGCUAUGGCUUAUGAUGUUCCUAUUCCCGGCUUUGAUACCAAGGGCUGUGGUAACAUUCGUCUCUGGUCUUCAAAGCCUCUCAAUACCUUUGAUUUUGACUCUUUCAAUGCUGGUGAUUACGAUAGAUCUGUUUCUGAACAAACUAAUGCUCAAAACUUGACUUCUGUCCUUUAUCCCAACGAUAAUCAUUUGGUCGGUAAGGAACUUCGUCUCAAGCAAGAGUAUUUCUUUGUCAGUGCCUCCCUUCAAGAUAUUAUUCAUCGAUUCAAGCGCGCCAAGUGUCCCUGGAAGGAUUUCCCUGACAAGGUUGCUGUCCAAAUGAACGAUACUCAUCCUACUUUGGCUGUUCCUGAAUUACAACGUAUCUUGGUCGAUGUUGAAGGUUUGGAAUGGGAUGAUGCCUGGGAUAUUGUUACCCGUACCUUUGCUUUCACCAAUCACACCGUUUUGCCUGAAGCUCUUGAAUGUUGGUCUGUCCCUAUGAUGGAGAAGAUCUUGCCUCGCCAUAUGCAAAUCAUCUAUGACAUCAACCUCUUCUUCUUGCAGAAGGUGGAGAGAGAUUUCUCUGCUGAUCGCGAAUUGUUGAAGCGUAUCUCAAUCAUUGAGGAAACUUCUCCUCAACAAGUACGUAUGGCUUACUUGGCUGUUGUGGGAUCUCAUACUGUCAAUGGUGUUGCUGCUCUCCACUCUGAUCUUAUUAGAAAGAAUCUCUUCAACGACUUUGUCAAGUACUAUGGUCCUGAAAAGUUCAUCAAUAUUACUAACGGUAUUACUCCUCGUCGUUGGUUGUAUCAAUCUAAUCCUGGACUCCGCGAUUUGAUUACCAAGGCUCUCGGUUCUGAGGAAUGGGCUACUCAUUUGGAUCAACUCGAAGGUUUGAAAAAGUACGCUGAAAAUGCCUCCUUCCAAGAGGCCUGGGCUGAUGUUAAGCUGCAAAACAAGAAGCGUUUGGCCAACUGGAUCAAGACCAACAUGAACAUUACUGUCAACCCUCAUGCUCUCUUUGAUAUUCAAGUCAAGCGUAUUCACGAGUACAAGCGUCAAUACAUGAACAUCUUGAGUGUCAUUUAUCGCUACAAGAGCCUCAAGAAGAUGGCGCCUGAAGACCUCGAGCAACAAGUGCCUCGUGUUGUUAUCUUUGGUGGUAAGGCUGCUCCUGGUUACUACAUUGCCAAGCUUGUCAUCAAGUUGAUCAACAGUGCUGCUGAAGUGAUCAACAACGAUUCUAGCAUCAAGGACAUGCUCAAGGUUGUCUUUAUUCCUGAUUACAAUGUCUCUCUUGCUGAAAUCAUCAUUCCUGCUUCUGAAAUCUCUCAACAUAUUUCUACUGCUGGUACUGAGGCUUCUGGAACUUCCAACAUGAAGUUUGUUCUCAAUGGUGGCUUGAUUUUGGGUACAGUGGAUGGUGCUAAUAUCGAAAUUGGUGAACAGAUUGGUGCUGAAAACAUCUUUAUGUUUGGCGUCCUUGCUGAUGCUGUUGAUGAUAUCCGUCAUAACCAAAAAUACCAUGGUCUCUUUAUCGAUGCUAGCCUUCAAGUUGUCAUUGAUGCUAUCCAAGGUGGUGAAUUUGGUGACCCCUCCAUUUUCGGUCCUCUUAUUAAUACUUUGACAUAUGGUGGCGAUUACUAUCUUAUUUCUACUGACUUCAAGUCUUAUCUUCAAAAGCAUACCGAAGUCGAUGACACUUACAGAGAUAAGGCUACUUGGAACAAGAAAUCCAUCAUGUGUACCGCUGGUAUGGGCUUCUUCUCAUCUGACAGAGCUGUUCGUACCUACGCUGAAAAGAUCUGGAAGCUCAAGCCUUUCAAGGUUGAAGCUUAG